GGAGCAGGUACAGCAGAUGCAGCAACACAUGGCGCAGAUGCAGCAGCAGAUGCAGCAACACAUGGCGCAGAUGCAGCAGCAGAUGCAGGAGAUGGAAACUCGGAUACUUACACGUAUCUCCUCAAGCGAUGCCAACAACCUUGCUCGCCUCGCUAAUUCACAGCUUACUUCGCCCGAACACGCUCUUAUACCGCUACGAAGCAUAACCAAUACUCUAAUCGACAAUUUUCCUGCUACGCCAGCCGCAAUCGCAACAUUCUCGCAAGCAAGUCUAACGAACUUGCUUACAGCAUUAGGCGAGGACCCGAAUGGAAGCAUUGGAGUGAAACGUCAGCGCUUUCGCCGAGCUCUUGGGUUGCAGGAGGAAGCUGUAUAAUAUACUUAUACUACGAUGAACGACAUUCAGUUACGCGCAGAAUUGGUAAAGGGACUACAAUUAUUCGACAUUGUAUAGUCCGUAUAAUGGAGCAUACGGAAGAGGAUCAAAUAACCUAGAAUGAGCUCUGUGUAUACACCGCGUAAGAUAAUAUGCGUCUCAAAUUGGCGUAGGAUGAC